CAUCCAUCCUCCUUGAAACCCUUUCUUCCCAUAUAUACUUGAAAUAUAUACGCUGCUCCAUUUUCUUGUUUCUCAAGCUUUCUUUUCGCUGGAGAGGAAGGUCCAAAGUUUCAACCUUUCGUUUUCUGUUGGGGGUUGGUUGGUGAGAAAACAGGCGAGAAAGAGAGGGAAAAUUUUCAGACCCAGAGAGAAAAUUCUGUUUGUAAUGCGUACAGGGGCUAAUACCGCUCACCAGACACUAACACCAGAGGCUGCUUCAGUUCUGAAGCAAUCUCUUACACUUGCGAGAAGGAGAGGCCAUUCUCAGGUCACUCCUCUUCACGUCGCUUCCACGUUGUUAACUUCGACAAGAUCAAAUCUUUUCAGAAGGGCAUGUCUCAAAUCCCAUCCUUUCACCGGCCUCGGCCGCCAAAUGGCCCACCCUUCUCUCCAGUGUCGUGCCCUCGAGCUCUGUUUCAAUGUCGCCUUGAACAGGCUCCCUACCAACCCGAACCCUCUGUUUCAGACUCAGCCUUCUCUCUCCAAUGCCUUGGUAGCCGCUCUGAAAAGGGCACAGGCCCAUCAGAGGAGAGGCUGUGUAGAGCAGCAGAACCAGCAGAAUCAGCCAUUUUUGGCUGUAAAAGUUGAGUUGGAGCAGCUCGUCGUGUCUAUCCUCGAUGAUCCUAGUGUUAGUAGAGUCAUGAGAGAAGCUGGGCUUUCUAGUGUUGCUGUUAAGAGCAACAUCGAGGAUGAUUCCUCUAUUGUUUCUCCUGCUUUUUACGGUUCCUCUUCUGUUGGUGUCUUUUCUUCUCCUUGUUCUCCUUCUUCAAGUGAAAACAACCAAGGAACCUUAAGCCCUAACCCUAGUAAGAUGUGGCAUAAUCAGUUGAACCCUCAUACUUUUGAGCAGAACCCUUUUUUUCAUUUCCCUAAGAGCAGGAUCUUUGCCACAGACCCAGUUUGUCCCGGGAAAGAAGACGUAAACCCGGUCAUAGAGGUGCUUCUGGGCAAAACUAACACAAAAAAGAAGAACACUGUGAUCGUCGGAGACUCGGUGUCUCUGACAGAAAGCGUGGUUGCAAAACUCUUGGGGAGAAUCGAGAGAGGGGAAGUUCCAGAUGAUUUGAAACAAACCCAUUUCAUAAAGUUUCAGUUUUCACCAGUGGGGUUGAAUUUCAUGAAGAAGGAGGAUAUAGACACACAAGUGAGUGAGCUGAAAAGGAAAGUCGAGUCCUUUACAUCUUGGGGAGGCAAAGGAGUGAUUGUUUGUCUAGGAGACAUAAACUGGGCAACUGGUGGUAACGGUGCUUCGUCUUCGAGUUACAGUGCAGUGGAUCAUUUAGUGGAAGAGAUUGGGAGAUUGGUUUAUGAUUAUAGCAGAUCGGGCAAAAGGAUUUGGCUUCUUGGGACAUCAUCAUAUCAGACAUACAUGAGAUGCCAAAGGAAACAACCUCCACUUGAUGUCCAAUGGGCUCUUCAAGCUGUCUCCAUUCCUUCAGGAGGACUUGCUUUGACACUCCAGUCUUCCAGCACUCACAGUCCAGAGAUGGAUUCUCAAGUGACUGAGAGGAAGCCAUUUGGCGUGAAAGAAGAAAAAGGAGGAGAAGUAGAAGAAGAUAAGCUAAAUUUCUGUGGAGAAUGUGCUUUCAACUACGAAAAGGAAGCAAAAGCCUUUAUAUCAGCUCAACACAAACUUUUGCCUCCUUGGCUGCAACCACAAGGAGACAAUUCCAACCAAAAGUUUCAGGAUGAACUGAAUGGACUAAGGAGGGAAUGGAACAGAUUCUGUCAGGCGCUUCACCACGGCAAAACUAGCUCUUCUUCCUCGGGUUUGCCCCCCUACGUGUGGAGGGCCGGGCAGGGAAGCUGCCUUUUCCCGGAUUCAUCGGCUUCUGUCUCAUUUGCAGAUUCAAGUCUGAAACCGAGCUCCCGUGCGUUGAGUUCCGUGGCUAAAUUCAGACGACAAAACUCAUGUACUAUCGAGUUCAGUUUCGGAAGUGAUCAAGACUGUCCUAAGACUGAUGAGCCAAGAUUAGAUGGAUUCAAGGGAAACGAAGGUGAAGAAACCAAGAUCACUCUUGCUCUCGGCCCUUCUCCCCUCCCAUCUGAUUCAGAGCAAUCGGAGGAAGAAGAAGAAGAAUCAAAGAGGACUGAUAAGAUUACUGAUUUAUCUGAAAAGCUUCACCAGAAUCUUCCAUGGCAAGCGAAUGUUCUUCCUUCGAUUGUUAAAGCUCUGACAGAUUCUGUGCCGAGCAGGAAUGACACUUGGAUUCUGAUUUCUGGAAACGACGGUGCCGGGAAAAGGAGAUUGGCCCUCACAAUUGCUGAAUCUCUUUUCGAAUCGGCAGAUGAGAUGGUGAAGAUCAGCUUGAGAAAGAGAGCAAGCGGAAGCUGCAAAACUCUUGAGAACGCGCUAAAGGAACACAAAAACGCUGUUUUUCUGAUAGAACGGAUCGAUUUGGCGGAUGUCCAGUUCAUGGAAUGCAUCAUAGAUCGGUUCGAGGAUGCGAAAUUCGGAGAUUUGAACAGUCGGCGCCGAGGAAAGAAGGGUCAAGCCAUCUUCAUUCUUACCAAAGAUGAUGAAGAUGACGAUGAUGAAGAAGAAGAAGAAGAAGAAGACUGUUCUCAGAGUGAAAACUCUGUCAUUACAAUGGUGUUGAAGUGUAUCAGUUCGAGUUCUAACACGACCAAUCACAAAAGAAAACCCGAGUUCGAUGUUUCUGCAACAAAUAAACUGAAGAAUCGAAGAACUGGAGAAGAGGACGAGGAAUCAGUUGCUUGCGAGAUAAGCAACAUGAAGAAAGAGUUUUCAAGGCAGCUGAGUUUCGGUUCUAAACUAGAUCUCAACCUGAAGAUCGACGACGAAGAAGGCGAUGAAAGCUCGAGCGAAUCAAAGCAACAGUUUCUAAACUCGAUCCAAAACCGGUUCGAUAUGUCGAAACAUGACGAAGAAAUCACGAAGGUGUUCGUUGAAAGGGUCAGAGAUUCAUGCGAGAUGAUACUUGGAGGGCAAGAAAGGUUAGAUUUCAGUGUGGAAGAGAAGCUGAUGCGGAAGCUUUCCGACAAAUCUGGGUUUUUUCUGAACAGUGUGUCUGAGGAGUGGGCGAGGGAGGUUUUUGAAGAAUGUCUGCUAACGGUCAAAAACGGCGGGAAGGAGGGCAUAAGUGUAAUUAAGCUGUGUUUUGGGGGUAUAGAUGUCAUUGAAGAGGGGGCGGUAUACGAGGAUGGGUUCAUGGGUACAUGUCUACCAAAGAGAAUCCAUGUUUCCCUUGUGGAUUAGCUUUGUCUUUUUUCUCUUUUUUUUUUUUUGUUAUUUGUAAUUUCA